AUGAUAGUAAACUACAGACAGCAAAGCAAAGCAAAGCAAAGCAAAACAAUGAAUAAUAAACAACAAAAACUAGAUGAUGAUAUUGCAAUUGUUGGUAUUGGAUGUAGAUUACCUGGUGGAUCAAGAACACCACAACAAUUCUAUGAUCAGUUAAUCCAAGGUUUGGAUGGUAUCACAACCGUCACACCAGACAGAUGGUCAAAAUCAUACUGUGACCAAGGGUUUAUCGUGACUGAUAGAGCUGGUUUCUUAGAUAUGACCGAAUGGACUCAUUUUGAUCGUCAGUUCUUUAGAUCUCUCUCUGCCGAUGCCCAGGUCAUGGAUCCUCAAAUGCGUCUCUUUGUCUCGGUUGUUUGGGAAGCAUUGGAAGACGCUCGCAUAGACCCUGCAUCAAUAAGAGGUUCUAACACAUCGGUAUUCAUAGGUCAGAUGUUUGACUCUAACUCUUCUAUGCAGAGUCAUGAAAUCACAACGAUGAAGCCGAUUCUCAGAGCAGGCAGAUCAGACACUGCACUCAAGGUAGCCUAUCAAUUUGAUUUUCGUGGUCCUGCUUUGUCGGUAGACACGGCAUGCUCAUCAUCGUUGAUUGGUAUAUUGCAAGGUAUCGACACUCUUCGUAGUGGUGAAAGCGAUAUAUCUAUCUGCGGUGGGAUGAAUGCGUUUAUUGAACCGACCGUAUCAAUACAUUUUACUCAAUUGGGGUUGAUUGGAAAGUCUGGUAAAUGUGCAUCCUUUGACUCGUCAGUUGACGGAUAUGUACGUAGUGAAGGUGUUGGUGUAGUUGUUCUCAAGCGAUUGUCAAAGGCAAUUGAGGAUAAUGACAAUAUCUACUGUGUCAUCAAAGGAGGUAAUUGUAAUGCCGACGGUAAUUUUGAAAAGACAUCUCCCACUGCUCCAUCACAUGCUGCUCAACAGGUCAAUACCAAAACUGCACUUGCCAAGACUAGACUAUUACCAUCUGACAUUUACUAUGUCGAAUGUCACGGUACUGGAACACCCACUGGUGAUCCCCUAGAAGUACAAGGUAUUGCAGGUGUAUUUGGUCCAUCAAGUACCAAAGAGCAACCAAUCCGAAUAGGAUCCGUCAAAAGUAACAUUGGUCACACCGAAAGUACUGCCGGUGUUGCAUCUAUCAUCAAAUGUGCAAUGAUGCUCAAGAAUAGAAUGUUAAUCAAGAAUAUCAAUUUUAAAGAAUUAAAUCCAAAGAUUGAUCUAUUGGAUGGAAAAAUUAAAAUUGUUUUGGAAAAUGAACCUCUUCCAAACAAUAGAGUAAUCAGAAUGGGAAUCAACUCAUUUGGUUUAACUGGUAGUAAUUCUCAUAUCAUUGUUGAAGAAUAUAAACAAAAACUAUCCAAUAAUAAUAAUCAUAAUAAUAAUCAUUCAAAUGAUUUAUCAAAUUUAGAUUAUUUAAUACCAUUUUCAGCAAAUAGUCAAAAAUCAUUAGAUUCAUAUAUUGAUAUGAUCAAGAAUAAUGUUGAAUCUUUUAAAGAUAAAAUGAUAUUUGAAGAUUUUGUUAGAUAUCAAUCGCAAUCUACCAAUCAUCCAGUUUGUAAAAAAUUGAUUGUUGCCAAGGAUUGGGAUUCAUUUUCAUUUCCAUCGACCACUGUCUAUGAAAAACAACAAACAUUUGUAUCGAGCAUGUCACAAUUAAAUCAUACGGCAAACAAACCAAUAGUGAUGGUAUUUUGUGGUCAAGGUGCACAAUGGAGUGGAAUGGGGGAUAAACUAUACGAUCACUACAAAGUAUUUAGAGAUUCUGUUGAUCAUGUCGAUCAUUUACUCUAUCAACAUUAUCAAUAUUCAAUCAUUACAAAGCUAAGACAAAGCAAUGAAAAAGAAAUUCAUCAUCCAAUUCUUGCUCAACCAUCAACUUUUAUUAUUCAAGUAGCAUUGGUUAAAUUAUAUCAAUAUUUUGGUAUUAUUCCUUCAAUUGUUGUUGGUCAUAGUUUUGGAGAUAUAACAGCAGCAUGGUGUUCAGGAAUUAUAUCAUUAGAAGAAGCUGUUAGAAUUGUUUAUCUUAGAAGUGUAGCUCAAAAUACAACUAUUGGAAGUGGAAGAAUGUUGGCAGUAUCAUUAUCAUUUGAAAAGUAUAAAGAAAGAUUCUCUCAACAAUCAUAUGAAUCUAUUGAAUUGGCAUGCUAUAAUUCAUCAGAUUCAAUUGUAUUGUCAGGUGAUCAAGAACAACUAGAAUCAAUCAAUCAACAACUCAAAGAUGAUAAUAUAUUUAGUGCAUUCCUUGGAACACCAUGUUCAUUCCAUUCAUCGAAACAAGAAUCAACCAAAGAUUUUAUAUUUAAUCAUUUGCAAAAUAAUAUUAAAUACCAAUGUGAUAAACCAAUCAUUCCAUACUUUUCAACAACCACUUCACAACAAAUCAAAUCAUCAUCUGAAUUUAAUGCACAAUACAUUUAUGAUAAUCUAAGAAACCCGGUAUUAUUUCAACAAUCAAUUAAUAAUAUCAAUCAAUUUAUAAAUAAUAAUCAAGAAUAUAUUUAUUUAGAGAUUGCACCACAUUCAACAUUAUCAUUUUAUUUAAAGACAUUAUUAUCUCAACAACAACAAAAAUCACCAACCACUAUAUUGUCGCCAUUAAAUAGAAAAAAGGAUCAAGUUGAAUCAAUUCAAUCAUGUUUAUCACAACUUUAUUUUAAUGGUGUCAAUGUUGAUUUUAAAAAUCAAUUAACAAGUGAAAAAGAUAACCAAUGGAAAGAUAGAACAAGAUAUUUACCAAGAUAUCAAUGGGAUGCGGAAUAUUUGUGGUAUGAACAACCAACAUUUAAAAAGAUUAGAUUGGAAGGAACUUCAACAACACUGCUUGGAAUAUGUGGUGAUAGUGAAUCACUUCUCACCUUUGAAUCAACGAUUGAUCUGGCAAGACCAUCAUAUCAAUAUUUAAAAGGUCACAAAGUAAAAGGAAAAUAUCUAUUUCCAGGAGCUGGAUACAUUGAAAACAUUAUCAAUGCAUUCCCAAACAAAGAUAUUCAUAUCCAUCACCUUGAAUUCAUCGCGCCAUUCUUUCUCAAAGAAGGCUCACCGUCAAGAUUAAAAUCGUCAUUUAUUUCAUCAUCGUCAACCGAUUAUCAAGUUGUAUUCCAAUAUUAUGAUGAUAAAGUAUCUAAAUGGAUUAAAUCAUCAGUUGGAAGAUUAUCAAUCAAGAAUCCCCAAGUUCAAGACAAGUCAUUCAAGUAUGAUAAUGUUGAACAAUUGAAACAAAAAUCUUACAAUAUUGCAACAAUGACACAAACAGAUGUUUAUGAAAAAUUGGCAAAAGUAGGAUUAUUGUAUGGUGAAACAUUCCGUCGAGUCAAACAAAUAUCAUUUAAUCAAAAUGGUUUUAUUUUAUCUGAAAUCGAGUGUUGUGCAAGAAACCAUUUUGAAGAAUCAAAUACUGUAUUGAAUGCGUCGGUGUUGGACUGUAUUCUUCAUUCCAAUCUUGUUCAAUUCAAAGGUGAACAUCAAAAGUGUGAAGUUGUAUUUGACAGAGUUGAAGAUUUCCACAUCUCAUCCAAUCAUGUUCCCAAACAUCCUUGUCACACUCUAUUCAACAUUGCAAAACCAUCACUAAAGACAAAAGAUAGACAACAACGAGGAAAUGAAUUUAAAGGAUCGAUUGAUAUCAUUGAUCAAGAUGGAAACAUUAUUAUCAAAUGUAAAACAAUCAUUUGUACAUCAUUGACCAAAGUAGUAAAAACUCAUCAAGCCAAACAUCCAUCAAAAUUCAUCAAACAAUCAAUUUAUCAACCAAAGAAUUCUCCUUCAAACAAUAUUGGUUCAGUCAAUCAGGAUAAUGUUUUUGAAUAUUUGGAAAGAUUUAUAAAGUCUGCAUCAUCAACACAUAAAAUCAUUAGAGUAUUGGAUUUUACUCUAAAUGAAUUAAUAACUUUUGAUUUCUUGAGAUGUUGUUUCUCUUGUUUGGAUUCUAAUCAAUCUUCUACGAUUAUUGAUUUUACCACGCAAGAGGUCUCAAUCUCUUUGGACUUUGUCAAAAAGGAUAACUUGUUUUUUAAAUUCUAUCAAGACUAUAACCCAUCAUUUUCAUUAGAUGAUCAAGGUUUCCUUUCAAAUAGUUUUGAUCUUGUAUUGUUGUCAUUGGAUCUUGUCCAAAACAAUAAGAAUUUGACAUUGGAACUAUGCCAACUAUUAAAUCCAAAUGGUCAACUCGUAUUCAUCGACAAUUAUUCAGCACCAGAUGAAAAUAGAGAUUCAUUAAUCGAUACUAUCAAAUCAUCUAAACUCAAUAUACUUCAACAUACUAUCAAUCAAACUCAAAGUGAUCAAAUAAUGUUAAUUUGUCAAAAAGAUUCAAUUGAAGAAACUAAAAUUGAAUCCUUUGAUCAUUUAUUAUUUAUUACUCCAAGUUUGUCCUCAUCCACUUCUUCCCCCUCUUCAUUAUUAUUAGCAAGAUUAAUUGAACAAUCAAAACAACAAUUUAAUAAUAAUAAUAAUAUUAGUUUAUUCUCAGUUGAUGAUAUUAUGGAUGAAACUAAAUAUCAAAUAUUAUUAGAUUCAAUUUCAUUUAAUAAGGAUCAUAAUACUCAAGUAGCAAUUAUAUAUUUAGAAUCAAUUGAAGAAAUGAAAAUUGAUAAUUUAGAAUUAAAAUCAAUGCAAUUAAUUAGAUUACACCAAAUCAUUAGAAAGGAGCAAUUACCAAUCAAAUUAAUAACAUUGAUAGCAAGUCAAUUGAAUCAUUGUUUGAUUCCAAUAUGUAGAGAGUAUCAGCGUCCAUCUGGACUAUUCAUGUUUGACUCUAUUUCAAUCACGAUGGAUGAUCAAUGUACCAAUCAAAUUUCACUCUCUCAAAUAUUACAAUAUGCCAACCAUCAACACAUUGGUGAAAAACAUGUUAGAUUGGAUUUUAUCAAUGACACCAUUCAACUAUCAAUUGAAAGAUUUGUUGAAACACCAAAUGCAUUACCAUUGGAUGAAAGAUUUAUUAUUACAAACAAACAAGAAUCCCGAGUCAAAUUUGAAAAGGAUUCAAAAUAUCAUCUAAGACCAAAAGUUGAAAUAUUAAGAGACAAUGAAGUUGAAGUUCAAACUAAAGCAGCAUCAAUUAAUUUUAAAGAUUUAAUGAUUUUAGAAGGCCGAGUAGAUCAAAGAUUAUUCCCAUCUGGUGAUGCGAAUGAUCCUCCAUUGGGACAAGAUUGUGCAGGUGUUGUAACAAGGAUAGGAUCAAAGGUUAGUCAUUUUAAAGUUGGAGAUGAAGUUUAUGGUUACUCAGCAGCAUCAUUUGCAUCAUCAUCACUUGCAAAGGAAGAAGCUUUGAUUCACAAACCAAAAUAUUUAUCGUUUGUACAAGCAGCAUCUUUACCAUUAUCAAUGGGAACUGCAUAUUGUGUGUUGUAUAAGAAAGCACAUAUUGAAUCGGAUCAAUCCAUUCUUAUUCAUGGUGCAGCUGGUGGUGUUGGAUUGGGAAUGUUAAACCUAUUGAAACAUGGUAAACACCAAGGAAAGAUAUUUGUAACGGCUGGAUCUACCGAAAAGAAGGAUUAUCUAAAACAACAAUAUGGAACCUUUAUCACGGCCAUUCUGUCCUAUGACAACUUUACUCAACCCAUUCUGGAAAUGACUUUUGGAAAAGGUGUCAAUUAUGUAGUCAAUACACUAGACUAUACUAGAAUGCACGAAAACUUUAAAUGUCUCUACAAGAAUGGUAUUCUCUUUGAUUUGUCGGUUGAUCAAUUCUUCCAAGUGGAUGACAUCGAUAUGGGACCAUUCAAGUUUGACAAGGGGUAUUCUGCAUUCCACUAUCAUCUAAAAUUCACACAUUAUCACAACCAAAUAAAGGAAUUGAUUGCUGAGGGGUUGGAAUUACCUCCUAUUAAGACUUGGCCAUGUCACCAAAUCACUCAAGCUUUGGAUCAUGUCAGAUCAAGAAAACAUAUUGGAAAGGUGGUAGUUGACUUUGAAACGGUGGAAAAAGAAAUAUUGGAACCAAUGUUAUUGGAACAAAAGAAACCAAUUGAAAGAUUACAUUAUCAACUUGAUGGUGUACAAGACACUCUACUCAUCACUGGUCAAACUGGUGUAGCUGUAGAAUCACUUCAAUAUAUCAUUAAACAUUCACCCAGACUACGUGAUAUUAUAGUUGUAUCUUAUUCAUCACCAAAAUAUGAAAUUCAAUUAUUGGUCAAUGAUAUCAAGACUAAAUAUCAACACGUUCAACUUCACUAUUUACAAUGUGAUAUUGGAAAUUACAGUCAACUCGCUUCAUCCAUUCAACAAUUAUAUCAAACACAUGGAUCGACGAUUCGACCAGUCAAAUCAGUUAUUCAUUGUGCAAACAAUUAUGUCUUUUCAUUAUCUGAUGAUUUGACAUUGGAUGUACAUCACAAAGCACUCUCGGCCAAAGCAAUUGGAGCUUGGAAUCUACACAAUCUAUUUGAAGAGUUGGGUUGGAAGUUGAACCAUUUCCACACAAUGUCAUCGAUGGCUCAAUUUACAGGAAGAGAAAGCUUUAGUUACUCGGUUGCCAAUUCAUUCCUUGAUAAUCUGGCAUUGCACCGUCGUAGUCUUGGAUUGAGUGGCACCUCUAUUAUCUGGGGAUCCAUUGGGUCGACCGGUAGAGUUGCCAUUAUCAAGGGAUCAAAUGAAGGACUAGAAUUGGUUGGUUUCAACCUUUUGCCACUUUAUACAGUCUAUGGUAUACUUCGUGCGUCGUUUAUCAACCAUGACACUCCUUUUACAGUUCUGCAAUGUGCAUCCUUGUCAACCAAGUUUGUUGCGUCGUCACCAAAUCUCUCUCAUCUCUUUUGUCUAUCAUCUGAUGUGAUUCCAAAACGAUCGACCAAUAUUAAUGGUUCCCAACAACAAGACAAUAUAGAAAACAAGAUCCUAGAAUUCAUUGCAGAGACGUUGUCAAUUGAAAAACAUUUACUAAAUGGUGACACCAAACUAAAAGACUAUGGUGUAGACUCUAUGAUUGCCAUUCAAAUUAGAUCUUGGGUUGAAAGUGAAUUUAAGAAAUCCAAUCUUUUAAAUCAAGCUCAAAUAUCAAAUGGAACCAUUAAUUCAAUUACUGAAACUAUUAAUAGAAUUUAUCAUAUUAAAUAA